AUGUUUUGGAAACAUCUUUCUGGAUCUUCUUCUGUGAUUGAUACUCUUCUUGCCAAAGAGGAUGUUACUUUACAAGAGGUUAUGGAUGCAGAAGACAUAAUAAAUGAUUGUCGUGUUCAAAAUAAGUCUCUUAUUGACUACUUGUUAAAACCAGAAGUUAUGGAAGAAUUGGUUACGUUAAUUACAAAAGAACCGUCUUUAGAAAUAGAAGAGCGUAGUAGAUUUAAAUAUCCAAAUGUUGCUUGUGAACUGUUGACAUGUGAUGUUCCUGCUUUAAAUGAAAGGCUGGCUAGUGAUGAAGCACUUCUCGAUAAGCUAUACAGUUUUUUAGAAUGUGAACCUCAAUUAAAUCCAUUAUUGGCUUCCUACUUUAGUAAAAUUAUGGGUGCCCUUAUAGCAAAAAAGACUGAGCAGAACUGGUUGUCCUAUCAGAUGACUUGCUUACAGGUCCUAGACUUUUUAAAGGCUAAGGACACCUUCAUAUCGCUACUGCUCAAACACUUAGGCACUUCCGCCAUCAUGGAUCUCAUGCUCAAGAUUAUGACUCAGGUCGAGGGGGUCGAAAUCAGGCAAAACAUUCUUAACUGGCUGGAUAGUCAAAGAAUCAUGCAAUCUUUGGUUAUGUUGUUUGAUCCAAAGGUGGACAAAGAAAGACACUAUAAUGUUGCUCAAUUACUGUGUGAUUUUAUUAGAAUAGCUCGAGAUACUCAACGCAAUUCCACAGAAAGAGCUGAUCCCGAUCCCCUACUUAACACUUUAGAAUCGUCUGAAACAAUAGCCUUACUGUUGGAACAAAUUUUGGGUGAAGAGAAAAGCGAAUCAGCUAUUGUUGGUGGCAUACAAGUACUUUUGGCACUGAUGGACGUUUACCAAACCAGCAUGUCCAAAUACAUGCAAAACAUUUAUAGCACCAAUAUCAAUGAUGAAGCCAAUGACAUAGAACUGAAGCAAAAGAUAAUUUUUAAUACCACCCAGUCAAUUCGAAAACGUGUCAAAGACUUUCAUAAUUUAUUGUUGGAUCCGCCAAAAAAAAUGCCUAUUAAUACUACCAUGGGAAUGUUAGAGAUUCCACUGGGUAACACAAGACUGCAAAUUGUUAAGUUAUUUGCCACUUUAAUAUCAUCCAAUAACGAAGAGUUACUGCAAGAUGUAGUCACUUUAGGCACGUUCCAAGUACUUUUAGAUUUGUUUUUCAAAUAUCCAUGGAACAAUUUUUUGCAUACUCAAGUCGAAAAUUGCCUUGUAUCAGCACUACAAACCUAUGUAUCUGAUGAAACUGAUGAAAAUUCAAAUGCCUUAUGUAAACAUUUAUUAGUAAAUUGUAAAUUAAUUCAAAGAAUACUUGAAGCAUGGAAAGAAAACGAUGAGUUACAGGCACAAGAAAAAGGGAUUCGACAGGGUUAUAUGGGCCACUUAAUAAGUAUAGUUAACAAGCUAGAUGAAUUGUGUUCAAUAAUAUCUUUAGGGCAAUACAUUACUGAUAAUUUACCGGAGGUUGCCAAAUCUUUGGAAGAGUUUAAGGAGACAACCUUAAGUGAAACGAACAAGUUACAGGAUUCACUGCUGGGUGGUGUACAUCCUAACAAUUCAGACAAUGACGAUUACAGUGUUCAUCUAAAUUAUUCUCAAUCAAAUGCAAUGCAACAACAGAUGUAUUCUCAAUAUCAAAUGCAAAAUCUGACUCCACAGUACAUAGUCGACUAUAGCGAGUUCAACGAUGAUGCUUUUAAUGAUGGAGAGGACACUUUACAGAAUAUUGACCAUCGGACCGACAUGAACUUUGACAUAUCCGAAGGCGAUCUGGUCCAGCAGCACGAAAUUUUCAAGCAAGUGUGCGCCCAGAACAUAAACACUCUCGACGACGCAGACGAUCAAAUUUUUGAGGAGAGGGAACAAACGUUUCAGACGGUGAUCGAGAAACCGAGCGACCAAAACGAAGCGGUCUACAGUAGCGACAGCGACGAUGAGUCGCCACCCGCCGAAGACGCCAUGGAUGUGGACCCGUGGACCUCUCCCAAGCCAGCCCCGCCAGUCGUAUCCGUUGUAACUCAAGAUCCAUGGGGCACAGGCGACAACGCAAAUUCCGAUGCUAACGUGGGAGGGUGGGCGGAUUUCAGCGCCGCCUCUUUUGAAGCCAAUUUUAAAAACGUCUUUGAAGGCAACAAAGACAAAGGCAGCAGCGCGACACAGUCCAAAACCGAAGCUGUAGCAGAAAAUGACAUUAAAGUUGAAAGCAUUGCUGAAAAUCAGGAAGAACAGCCUUCCAAAAAAGAACAACCAGUAGAAACCCCGAAAACUGUAGAAAACCCACUGGAGAUCAAAGCUGUGCUAAAUGAUGAUGAAGCAAUGAAGUGUGCUGCAGGAGAUCAGGUGCCAGAAACAGUUUUGGAGAGUACAAAACAAAAAGAGAGUUCUACUACAGAACCGUCCAAGAAACAAUUCUUUACAGAAGUAUAGAAAGUAGUUCUACAAUAACCACAUCAACAGAGGAACAGAAAAAUGAUAACCAAAAGGUGUGA